AUGCCAAAAUUGAACAAACGUCGAUUUGGUCGACGUGCUUAUGCACGAAAGCGUUGGUAUUACCAACGAGUGUUAUCAGAAGAUGAGAGUGUAUCGGAAGAAGAAAUUAAACAGGAUAAUAAUGAUAAUGAUGAAUUUAUUCGUUUUGCUGAUAAGAUGAAAAUUGAUGAUAUUGGAGAUUUGUUCGAAUUGAUUAAAGAUAAAAUUGAUUUAAAAAUUGUUACUGUAUUAUUAUAUAUGACUCUUCGUCAUUUUGGUAUAAGUUGGGUUAAAUGUGAUGAUUUUUUAAAAAAGAUCGGUGCACUAACGACUAAAACAGCUAAUAAAUGGGCUAAUAUAUUUUUAUCUGGUAGUUUAGAGAACUUUCUUGCCGAAGGUCGGGGUGGAAAACAUAUUCCUAGUUUUUAUGAUGUAUUUCCUGAUAUUGAAUUAUCAGCUAAAAAUUAUUCUGUUCAACGAUGUGCUGCAAAAGCAGCAGAUUUUGAUGCAUUUGAAUUAGCAAAAUUUAUCGACGAACAGUUUUAUAUGAUAACUGAUAUUAAAAAAGAUCCGAAUGAUUCAUUAAUUCGUACAGUACAAUCCUGUCGUUUGGACCUCCGAAGAUGGGGCGCUCGUUUCGAUUCUAAUUCGCAACGUCCUUACUUCGAAGGUCAAGAACGGCCGGACGUAGUCCAACAUCGUACAGAAUUUUUACAGCAUUUUAUUCCAACGAAAGAUUCGUAUUACUUAAUAAGCGAAGGUGCACAGCCAAAAUGGCAAAUACCAACAGUUGGGACACCAACUAUUCUGAUCUUUCAUGAUGAAAGCACUUUCCGAAGUGGUGAGGUGUCAGCUAAACGCUGGCUAUACAAUGAUCAGGCGCCAUUUUAUUCUAAAGGCCGUGGUAGAUCUAAUAUGUUAUCAGACUUUUUGGUCAUGCAUCCAUCAGGUCCAUUUUUUCAAUUAAGUCCAACUGAAUAUGAUAAAGCGUUAAAGAAAUAUCCAGAGUUAGAUGAAGAACAAGAAAUUGAUUAUGUAGAACGUUCUGCUAGUGCAUCUGUGCACAUUAGCUCUGAUGCAUAUUUUGAUAAUUCAACCAUAUUAGCACAAUUCGAGCGAUUAUUUAAAUUAUUAGAAUUCAAAGAAUGUUUUAAUAAUCACAGUAUUGAAAUAGUAGUGGAUAAUGCCCGCACUCAUUCAGCUCGUGCUUAUAAUUUAUUAGACUUUGGAAAAGGAGUUUCAACACGUUCUCCUGUAGAUCAACUUCAAUGGGUGGAUGAUAAGGGUGUUACUCAAUCAUUAUCAUGUUAUUUUCUCCACGGUCCUAAUCGAGGAAAAUCUAAAGGUUUAUAUCAGAUUGCAAUCGAACUUAAAUGUAGUCCUUCACCAACAGCAAAAUUAAGUGAGCUACGUCAGCUACUUGCCCAUCAUCCCGCAUUUCAAAACGUAAUAUUGCGCACCUGAUAGAGAAAACUUAAAAUAUCUUUUCUUUUCUCCUUCCCUAGAUUUCACGAUUGGAACAGCUAGCACAAAAAUAUCAUGUAUCUGUACUAUUUUGUCCUAAGUAUCAUUGCGAAAUUAAUGCCAUUGAAGGGUGUUGGGCUCAUAUGAAACAGUUCGUACGAAAAAGAACAGAUCAGAAAUAUCCUACAAUGAUAAGACUGAUCGAGGAAUCACGAAUUAAUUUUCGACAGCAAGAAGUUCAUCUUAAACUUUUCCGAAGAUUUUGGAAAUGUCUAGAAGCAUAUGAUCGAGGGAAAAAGUACAGCGAAGUUCUUCAAUUAUACUUUAGCAACAGCUGUACAGGGACAAACAAAGGACAUCUUACGGUUGUGAACACUAAUUUGAAUACUUGAAACUUUCUUUUUUUUCACUUCUUCGUUUAUCUUCUCUCCCUAUUCUUUUAUUUAUAUUUUUGUGAAAAUUAUAGCGAUAUCCCUGUACUUCUUUUUAUUGAUAAUUUGUGAAAAUUAUUGCGAUAUCCCUCUACUUUUUUAUCGAUUUUUUCUUGAAAAUUAUAGUGAUGUAGAGAAAAAUAUAAAAGAUCUGAUGAAAAUAUUAUAGAUCAACAGUAAAAAAAGCUAGUCAAUAGUUUUUUUUUGAUAAAAAAUAACUUUUAGAA